AUGGCUCUGCUUCUCGCCCCAUACAACAAUGGCAUGCGCCUUGGUCAAGGUUUCAACUCGUACACGCAGCAAAUCUGCAUUGACGACGCGGUCGUCAUCGACCCCGACCGAAUCGAUAAUGCAGUCACCAACGAUGGCUUCACCAUGCGCGAGCUUCGCUACGCCAUUGGAGCUCGCGCUGGUGAUGAGGACGACUACUACGAGGACGAGCCUGUGCCCGCCGCGUCUGCAGCACCUGUGACCGCUCCUCCAACGGCCGAUGCCACUGCUGCUGCUGUUCCAGCCGGGACACAGCCCAUGAUUGGUCCUGCGCCGCCAACGGCUCUAGAUAGUAUAGCAAUUCAGCUCAGCCAGGACGUGAAGACAGUCAGCAAGCUCGUCGAGGAUAUUGCCAAGCUCGAGGCUGCCGUUGAGGAAGCGACCGACCCCAACAGCGACGACACGAAGCGAGAUGCUCUGCUUCUCGAGAAGAAACGCAUGCGUCUUGCGCGACUCAAGACCACCGGGACGGGCUUGAGGUCGUCAAACUCCCGUAGCGCGGUGCGCGAGCUGUCCCAACGGGGACCGAGCCAGAUUGUCUCGUACAGUUCCCGCUUCGUGAACAAAAUCAGUGAAAUCACCGACGACAUGAAUAUCUCCGGCUCCCUUUCGAUCAAGUAUGGCUCCAUCGGCGGCGCCGGCAAGGGAUCGUUCGUCGACUCGGAUAAGUUCAAGGAGAGCGAUCUCAACUUUUUCAUCAGCGUCAAGGUGAUCAACCAGAGCAUCAACAUAAAGGAUGCCCUUGUCUUUCAGGGCCUUCCGUCGGUGAAUCAGAAUAAUUUUCGAUCCGUCUUUGGCGACACGUUCAUCUCGGGUUUCCUGGAAGGCGGCGAGUUCAAUGCUCUGGUGAGCAUGAAGGUCGUGAAUAAGGACAAGCGCAUGGCUGUCAAGGCCGAGGCCGAGAUCGCGUUGAGUGUUGGAGCGGCCGACAUCAAAGGCACCGCGCGUGCCAAUAUCGACAAGUCGGACUUUUCGUCCCAGACGGAGACGACGAUCCAGGUCGGCUGGUCUGGUGGCGGGCACAUCAAGCCAAUGGACCAACCCUGGACAAUUCCGACAUUGAUGGAAACGGCGGCCAAGUUUCCUGACCUGGUCGCCAACACGCCCCAGAGGACCUAUGCCAUUCUCACCAAGUACGAGUCGCUGCGCAGCUUUAUGGCCCUGAAGCCCCCAGAACUCAAGCCCAUGUUCUACGAAAACGCAGCCAUCUACACCAACGCCAUGCUGGACGCCUACAUGGACUACAAGAACAUAUACCGCAACCUCGGAACCUACCUCUUCGACAUUCAAGCAGGCACCAAGAAAUUCAGCGACUGGCCUGAGGGCACCGUGUAUACAGACAUCUCCACCCUCGCCCGCAUCGACGACGAGUCCCGCUUCCCUGCGAGCAUCAAGGGGCUUGAUCUUGCCCGCCGUGCCUGCCGCUUCCAGAUGGUCAAGAUCGUCAAGGAGGUUGAUGCCAUUGAGGAGCACCCAGAGUAUGCCGCCGACGAAAAGCGCCCCGAGGCCUUCCAAAGCGCCAUUGUCUUCCGCCAGCGUGUGCCCCUCGUCAAGGACAAAGAAAAGAUGCCACUUCUGAAGAUUUUUGGCACGGACGUCCCUUACCCUCCGCUACUCGACCGUGUGGAGGGCGACGGAGUCACUGAUGACGAGGCUGCCAAGGCAUCUACUUAUACUGGCAACCAACCGGAUAUCAGUGAGUUCCUCCGGCUGGCACCUAUGGUCGGCUCCGUUCAUGGAACUCUUUUCUGCCACUUGGACUUUGUCAAGUCUGAUUUCAGCCUACGCACCGUGACGGUUGAGCUGAACGGGGGCGUAGUCUCAAGCCUGAGCGUCCGGUACGCCAAUGGCCUGUUAGCGGCGGCGGGUACCGCUGGUGGCAGCCGUAAGGUCUCGCUUACAGUGCGUCCUGAAGAUGGCGAAAGGAUCAUUGCAUGCUCCAUCGAGACUGGCCGUGUCAAGGGCGAGGCGAAUGCCACGGCCCGUGUGACUGCCAUCCGUCUGUACACUAACCGUGGGCCCGAUCUCCUCGGCCAUGCAGACGACUGGAAGCCCGCCGUCAACGGCGAAGGGGUCCGCGGCGGCGUCCAGUUUGAGGGUCUCAGUAUGAAGCAUUUCGACCCUCUACUCGUCAAUGCCCAUAUCAAGGGCUUCUGGGGCUACGGCGUCUCGACAUCGCGCCUCACCCCUCAAAGUGGCCUCUUCCGGCUGGCCCCAAUCUGGGGCAACAAGGAGAACGUUUCUCCCGUCUCCGGCGAACCCGAAGACGAAACGGUCACGACUGUGGACGUCCAGGAGCUACAAGCCGCCCUCGAGGAGAGCAAACGAGCUCUGGCGAACAGCUCGGCGGCGCUCAGCCGACUCGAAGGUUAUGUGGGCUCCCCUUCUAGCCAUCCCGUGUGCAUUCUUUGCAUCAAUUGGGGCGGGCAGUACUAUGAUGGCAACCAAUCGGUGAGAAAUCGGUUGACGAACCUGAUUCUUGAAAAUAGAGAAUUCAAGGUCGGCAACGAUAUCUGCGAGCAUGAUCCCAUGUACGGCACCCACAAGUGGCUGGUAGUUGUGUAUCGCUUCACUGAAAGCCAUCGCAAUGGGCGAGUGCGGACGUUUGUUGGGUAUGAGGAUCGUAUGGCGCGGUUUGAUGCAUUGAACGCGCCAUAA